UGAUUAAUUAAGGGCGUGUCGCGUUUUAAAGGGUGGGGCUGGCUGCAGUUUCAAAAAGAUGGUUCUUCUUAGAGUUCUGCUUUACUUCCUAGCAAUAGUUUCAUCAGCUGUUUCCCAGACUAAUGGCGACGUGAGACUAGUCGGUGGACCCACAACAAAUCAAGGACGUGUUGAAGUCUAUCUAACUUCAGAGAACGAGUGGGUAACGGUGUGUGAUGACUCCUGGGACAUACAAGAUGGGACUGUAGUGUGCAAACAGUUAGGCUAUACCAAUGCUACAAUGGUGACAACAAGUGCAAGCUAUGGUCAAGGAACUAGUAAUUAUAUCCUUCAAGGUCUCCAAUGCACAGGGAAUGAAACAAAUUUGACACAGUGUGACACCAGCUCUAUAAGACUAUGUGACCAUGGAGAUGAUGCAGGAGUAGUGUGCUGGCCAGCUCCUACUAGUAAUGGUAAUGGAGGACUAAGCACUGGAGAAAUAGCUGCAAUCGUGUUUGUGCCAUUCCUGAUACUAAUCAUUGUGAUCAUUGCAAUAAUAAUUUUGAUGCUGUACUUGACUUUCACAUAUGAUGGCAAUGCUAGAGAGAUAGAAGAAGUCCAUUACCAAUCGAAGCGAUUCCGUGGCGGUAUUAAGCUAAAAGAUGAUGAUCCUACAAGUCAUGUACGGUCAAGACGUGGCAGCAGCAAUUAUCUUACUGAGGGAAGAAUACCAAGGUCUGCAUUAGGUGCAGGUACAGCACAUCCAUGGCAAGAAGAUGAAGAAGCAAACAGUGAGAUUGGAGAGAAUGAACUAUUUAUUGUUGAGUCUGGAGGAGCUAGUGGUAGAGGAGAGACUGAUGAAGGGAAUGAGGUCAGACAAAGAGUUGUUGGUGCGUAUAAUCCUAUGGCUAUAAGAGCUGGAGAAGAGAAAGAAGAAGGUGAUAAUAAAGCUGGAGGUGCUGCUGUGAUGAUGACAGAUGAAGAAAUAGAUAAAGAAUUUAACUUAGGAGAAGAUGAUGACGAUAUCAACCCAUAUGAUGAUUAA